UGGCUUUUGUUAGAUUCCGUCCCUCUUCUCAGCCCCGUCAGUCGAGACAAUGGACGCCGUGCCCCUUUCCGUCAGCUUACUAGGCGUUGUUCUCGUCGUCUAUCUCGUCGAGCGAGCACUCAACACCGUCAAGAAUGGUCGCCGUCCUCCGCUGCCGCCCGGUCCCAAGGGCCUCCCGAUCAUCGGCAACGUGAACGAUUUACCAAAGCCGGGCGAGUUCGAGGCUCAACACUGGCUGAAGCAUAAAGAACUCUAUGGGCCCAUCAGCUCCAUCACGACAAUGGGACAGACCUUGGUGAUUGUCAACGACGCGCGGUUGGCGAACGAGCUCCUGGAUGGGCGUUCGGCCAAGUACUCCUCGAGACCCACGCAGGUCAUGACAGGCGAAAUGGUCGGCUACAAGGACCUCCUGGGUGGGUUGUCAUACGGCGAACAAUUCCGCUCCCAGCGCAAAGACGUGAGCCGCGUCUUGGGCACCAAGGCGGCCGCGGCGAAGUACAACACUCUGCAGGAGGCCGAGGUGGGCCAUUUCCUGCUCCAUCUGCUGGACGACCCGGACAAUUUGGUUGAAUACAUCAGAAGGGAGGCCGGCUCGUUGAUUCUCAAGAUCACGUACGGGUACACGGCGGAGGCAUUCAAAAAGGACCCGUUGCUGGAGAUGGUUGGAGAAAUGGCGGACAACCUCAUCAACGGCGCCGUCCCUGGCGCCUUUCUGGUCGACAGCUUCCCCUUCCUCCGCUACCUGCCCGACUGGGUUCCUGGGACCGGGUUCAAGCAGCUCGCCAAGCAGUGGAAGGUCCAGAUGGAGGAAACGAGAGACAAGCCGUACGCUUUCGUAGAGCACCAGAGGGCGCAGGGCAAAGACAACGUCUCGUUCCUCUCGCGCCUCCUCGAAUCGGAAGACGCCUCACCGGCGAAGGAGCAUAACGACAAAUUCAUGGCACUGUCUAUGUACGGAGGCGGCGCCGACACAACAGUAUCCUCCAUCGCCUCGUUCUUCCUGGCUAUGAUGGUGUAUCCCGAGGUUCAGCAAAAGGCCCAGGAAGAGAUCGACCGCGUCGUGGGACAAGACAGGCUGCCCAACGCACACGACCGCGAAAGGUUGCCGUACAUCGACGCGAUAGUGAAGGAGCUAAUGCGGUGGAACCCCAUCGGGCCCAUGGGGCUCCCUCAUUCCAGUACGGAAGACGACGUGUUCGAGGGCUAUUUCAUCCCCAAGGGCGCCAUGGUGAUGCCCAACAUCUGGCACUUCGCGCACGACCCCGAGAAGUACCCCGAGCCGACGGCCUUCAAGCCCGAGCGGUUCCUCGCCAGCGAGGGCCACGAACCGGAAGCCGACCCCCAGAAGUUCGUCUUCGGGUACGGCCGGCGGGUCUGCCCGGGACGCAUCCUCGCCGACAACUCCAUCUUCCUCAACGUCGCGCAGACGCUCGCCGUGUACAGCCUGACCAAGCCGGUCCGCGACGGCAGGGUGGUCGAGCCGAGGAUCAAGUUCACGGCGGGAGUGGUCAGCCACCCGGGGCCGUUCGAGAUCUCCAUCAAGCCGCGGUCGCCCCAUCACGAGGGCCUGAUCCGCGCCAUCGAGAAGACUUUCCCGUGGGAGCAGAGUGACGCCCAGACGCUGGAGAGGAUGGAGGUUUGAAAUUUGGGGGUGGAGGUGGGGCUGCGAUACUUGCUGUAUGGGUUGAUUUGAUCGACUUACAUCGUAGGUCGAAGUGCAAAAAAACAACAACAAUGGGUGAUGAAACAAACAAGCAACACUAUGCUGUUGUCCGGGCUGCUCCCUAAAUGUCAACUUCAAUUGUCAAGUCGCAUAGCUGUAUCAGGAUGUCGAUAAAGUUCAACCCAGCUUACUGAACCAUAAAACGAC